ACUAUAAACACCUUGUAUCUUGUGAAUGGAGAGGCACUGUGUAUUGUAAGACAAGGUUUCUCUUGUGAAGGCAGCAUAAUAUUUUCAUACACAAGUAGUUAAUUUUAAUAAUCAGAACACCGAUAUGCAGAAUAUAAUUUCAGCGCAGAAGUGUGACAGGGAUCACAAUACUAAUCACGCAGAUUUUAGUAGCAGUAGCCUGGAGGAAGUCCCAGAUUGUGUUUUGAAUCAUUUUAAAUUUCUAAAGUUUCUGUAUUUAAACAACAACGAAUUGAAAACUUUACCGGACUGUUUGUUUCAACGUCUAAACUCUUUAAAAUGGCUCGACGUUAGAAAUAACCAUUUGACAGAACUACCAAGAACUAUUGGAAAUCAUCCGUUUCUGGAAGUUAUUCUUUUACAAGGAAACAUGAUCAGAAAACUACCUUUAGAGUUAGGACUGGUGCCUAACUUAAGGGGAGUGCAGUUUACAGGAAACCCAAUAGAAUAUCCACCCCAAGAUAUAUUAGACAAGGGAGCUCAGUACAUUCUGAAAUUUCUGAAUGAGGAGUGGAAAAUUCAAUCUGAGUUAGAUAUAAGACCAAUUGUGGAGCCAUUUUACAAGACAGAAGAUGAAAAGGAAGGAACAAAUGUGACAUUUCACAGGGCGGGACGACUCAAAUCAAAAUCUGCAUUUUCCUUCAGUGAUCAUUUUAAGCAUUCUGUUCCAAUAACAAGAAGAUUAAAAACAUCUUUACCAUCACUAUCUGUUAUAAGUUACAGUGCAAAGGCAGAGGAUACUACAUUAUUAGUCCCAACAAAUUCACCUACUGGAAAUUCUGGAUAUGAGCUUACAGUCAGUGACUUCAGACAGAGCAGUGAUGCAGGAUCAGCAUGUAAAGUGCCACCAGUUCUUAAGAACAACAAAAGAGGAAACACUGUCACAAGAGCUGAAUGUGAAAAGAAAGUUUAUGAAACUUUGCUGAGGGAUCUCUGGAUAACAAAAAUUAAGUUUAUAUUGGAGAAACAAAAUGAAAUAAUACAGAAAAGAAGAAAUACUGAAUUACUCCAGCAGUGGAGGAAAGAUACAGAAAAACUGAAUCAAAUAAAUAGAAUGCACCUUGAGAAUUUUAAGAAACAUGGACUCAAAAUACCGUUUGAUACAGAUGAAGAUUAUAUGAAGAUACUCUCAAGAUCUGACUUAAAAAAUUCACUGUCAAGAGGAAGAGCUAUCAAGUCCUUGACCGUGCACCCAAUGAUAAAGUCUAUCUCCCAAGAAAUGUCAGAAAUCUUGUCAGUACUGGAUGCUGUAGCCAACAAAGACAUCCACACCUCAUUGGCGCCACACACAGUGCAGAAAACUGCUAGUGAUGAAAUACAAAAGUUGCGUCAGCUCAAGAAGAAACUGUGGGCUCUCCGUCUAAAGUCAGCUGAAGACAGAGACUUCUGCACAGAAAGUAAAAGUGCUGCAUUAUCAACUACAAAAACAUCAAACCUUGAGAGAGAAUGAAAAUAUCACUUCUGAUGAUACUUCUAUCUUAGAUGAAAAUCAGGAUUCGGAAAAAAAUUCCCAAAUCUGUGAUCAGUACUCUCAGUACCCUGGAAACUUGGAUUCAGAUAAAUGGGUUGAAUCUAAACAUAUCUAAGACUCACAUAAUGCAAUUCAAAACCGGGCAGUCAAAAUGUGAGCAGAUUAAGAUUGCCCAGAACAACCAGGAUAUGGAAGAAGUUGACUGAGUCAAAUUCUUAGGCUUAAAUCUGGGUAAAAAUUUGAGCUGGCAGGCACACCUUAAGUAACUUGCAAAGAAAAUGAGCAGCCUUGCAUUUUGUAACGUGCAAUAAGCCAUUUGGGCCAUGUAUCUUCUUAAAUUUAUGAUCUUAUCCUUCUUUCGAUCUUAUUUGAAAUGUUUUAAACUCCGACUGUAUAGCAUGUCGUACUAACUCAGUUAACCCCUGUGAUAAAAACAAGUUUAAUAAAAUUUCUGUACUACAAAAAGAUAUAUUUUUGUUUAUGUGAAUAUAUAUUAUCAUAAUUGGUCUAUUGUGCUGUUGAGUGAGUUUCAUUUUCUGUAAAUUAUUUUUGAUUUAUUGCUCUAUGUUUUGAUCUUAGUAUAGCUGUAUCUUCACUGAUGUACUUUGGGUCAAUGUUAACUGGGUGCCAGUUGGUUGUAUGUUGUCUGGCGGGAAGGAAGGUAGAAGAAAUGUAAAGUUUUCUGGAGUUGUGUAGAGAUGGAAUGUAUUUUGCUGAGUGAACAUUGUAAUUGAUGGCAGCAAGGCAUCUAGGACUAUUAAAAAUGAAAAUUAUAUAUGAAUCAGUUUGUCAUCUACGUUAUUUUAAGUAACACGCCAGCCUAUGGGGUUUCCAGACCUACAAGAGAUCCUGGCUUCCAGAAAGAAGAAAUUCUAGCAACGGAUUG